CAAUCGCGACGGCAUAAACCCAGCACGAGAGCGUAUCAGCCAUGUGUUCCCAUGAAUGCAUUCAAGCCAUGCGCCUCCGCAAAGAAGGUUGGAAAACCUGUAGCAGACCCUGUGCCGACAACUGCGGACAAGAAGGCAUCUCGUCCAUACACAUCCGUGAAGGGUGGGAAACAACUUCCGGCGCCAACUGAUCAUGCAUCCAACCGGAGCAAUCGAUCUGUGGCAGGUCGGCGUUCUUCCUCCGCAACAUGCAGUCGCCGCGAGGUCCCCAACCCGUCAGCGACAGCAGGUCGAGGACGAGGUUGCGCACCACCAUCAACAUCAACAGUGAGCGCCUUGGCCCUUGCCCAGGCUUUGAAACCAACCCUAUCACAACAGGAUCAACCACCAUCCCGUCAAGAUUGCACAUCAACAUCUUUUUUUUCACCCGCUUCGACAUCCGAGCCAACGUCGCCAAUGAGUGCUCCAAGAGCUUGCGCGUCUGAUUCUUCAGCCAUGAAGGAUGAGUUAGCGGCUUUGCGGAUACGUUUCGAGGCGCGGGAGUCGGAGCUUCUGCAGGAAGUUGCCGAGCUCCGAGGAGCUUUGGCCACGGCUCGGAUCGCGCAAGCGGCUGCAGAGGCCUCUGUCAUUCAGCUUCGAGGUGAUCGGUCCGAACCGACAGCAGAAGCCAACAUGUGCAAGAGCGCAAGUGGGAUUGAUCGACAUUCCUCCGAAGAGCUUUCCCAGCUGCAGAAUCGGAUCUCUUUGCUGGAGCAGAAAAUCGCUGACAGUGAGAUGGAGAAUGAGAGGAAGCUCACAGAGCAGCGGAUGAUGCUCGAACAACAGCUUUCGAGCCAGCAACACAACUUCAGAAGCGAAUGCGAACGGAUUUGGAGAGCUUUGGCCAAUGCCAACAUUGCGGUGCAAGCCGCGACAGACUCUGGUGGUUCACGUGCACCACCUGAUCCGGGGGCCAGCGCAGUGCUGCGACAAAUAUAUACUGCAGUCUCCGAGCUUCCGUGA